AUGAUGCUGAAGAUGCUGUCCUUUAAGUUGCUUCUCGUAGCCGUGGCUCUGGGCUUCUUUGAAGGAGAUGCCAAGUUUGGAGAAAGGAACGAAGGGACUGGUGCGCGGAGGAGAAGGUGUCUGAAUGGGAACCCACCAAAGCGGCUGAAAAGGAGGGAUAGAAGGAUGAUGUCCCAGCUGGAAUCCCUAAGCGGGCCAGAAGCGGUCUGUGGUGCCUUCUACCCUCGGCUCUCCUGCUGUUCCAGGAUUGACAGUCAGUCCUUGCUGCACAUGGAAUCCAAGAUAUUUUCUGUUACCAACAACACAGAGUGUGUGAAACUUCUAGAGGAAAUCAGAUGUGCCCACUGCUCACCACAUUCUCAGAAUCUAUUCCAUUCACCUGAGAGAGUAGAAGCUUCUGAAAGGGAGCUAGCAUUGCCCUUGCUGUGCGAAGAUUAUUGCAAAGAAUUCUAUUACACGUGUAGAGGCCACAUUCCAGGUUUCCUUCAAACUACAGCUGAUGAAUUUUGCUUUUACUACGCAAGAAAAGAUGGUGGCUUGUGCUUUCCAGAUUUUCCAAGAAAACAAGUGAGAGGCCCAACAUCUAACUAUUUGGACCAGAUGGAAGAAUAUGACAAAGUGGACGAGAUCAGCAGAAAGCAUAAACACAGCUGCUUCUGUGCCCAGGAAAUCGUGAGUGGGUUGAGGCAGCCUGUCGGAGCCCUGCACUGUGGGGAUGGCUCCCAACGUCUCUUCAUCCUUGAAAAGGAAGGCUACGUGAAGAUAUUCACCCCAGAAGGAGAAAUUCUCAAGGAGCCUUUCUUGGACAUACACAAACUUGUUCAGAGUGGAAUAAAGGGAGGAGAUGAAAGAGGACUGCUAAGCCUUGCAUUCCAUCCCAAUUACAAGAAAAAUGGAAAGCUGUAUGUGUCUUAUACCACCAACCAAGAACGAUGGGCCAUCGGACCUCAUGACCACAUUCUUAGGGUUGUGGAAUAUACGGUGUCCAGAAAAAACCCCCAGCAAGUUGAUAUGAGAACCGCCCGAGUGUUCCUGGAGGUAGCAGAGUUGCAUAGGAAGCAUCUAGGAGGACAGCUUUUGUUUGGCCCAGAUGGCUUUUUGUACAUCUUCCUUGGGGACGGGAUGAUCACCCUGGAUGACAUGGAAGAAAUGGAUGGUUUAAGUGAUUUUACAGGGUCGGUGUUACGGCUGGAUGUAGAUACUGACAUGUGCAAUGUGCCUUACUCCAUACCGAAGAGCAAUCCUCACUUUAACAGUACCAAUCAGCCUCCCGAAGUAUUUGCACACGGGCUCCACAAUCCAGGCAGAUGUGCCGUGGAUCGACAUCCCACAGAUGUCAAUAUCAACUUGACAAUACUUUGCUCAGAUUCCAAUGGGAAGAACAGGUCAUCAGCCAGAAUCCUACAGAUCAUAAAGGGGAAAGACUAUGAAAGUGAGCCAUCUCUCCUAGAAUUCAAGCCUUUCAGUAAUGGGCCCCUGGUUGGUGGAUUUGUUUACCGAGGAUGCCAGUCUGAAAGACUCUAUGGAAGUUAUGUGUUUGGAGACCGCAACGGAAAUUUUCUAACUCUCCAGCAGAGCCCAGGAACCAAACAGUGGCAAGAAAAACCCCUGUGUCUCGGCAAUGGUGGCUCUUGUAGAGGCUUUUUUUCAGGUCACAUCUUAGGAUUUGGAGAAGAUGAAUUAGGUGAGGUGUAUAUUUUAUCAAGUAGUAAAAGCAUGACCCAAACUCACAAUGGAAAACUCUACAAAAUUGUGGAUCCCAAAAGACCUUUAAUGCCUGAAGAAUGCAGAACCAGCAUUCAGGCCGUACAGCCCCUGACAUCGGAAUGCUCUCGGCUUUGUCGAAAUGGCUACUGUACUCCUACUGGAAGAUGCUGCUGUAGUCCAGGUUGGGAGGGUGACUUCUGCAGAAUUGCAAAAUGUGAACCAGCUUGUCGCCAUGGAGGGGUUUGCAUUAGACCAAACAAGUGCCUGUGUAAAAAAGGAUACCUGGGACCUCAAUGUGAACAACUGGAUAGAAACAUCCGCAGAGUGACCAGGGCAGGUAUUCUCGAUCAGAUCAUUGACAUGACAUCCUAUUUGCUGGACCUAACAAGUUACAUUGUAUAGUUUCGGGGACGUUUUGGAUUCUCCUUCCUGAUGGGCAUUUAUUUUUAAUCCUGUCAUUUAAAAAAAAAAAGAAACAAAAAAUGAAAAGACUGUUAUCCUGCUACA